AUGGCUCCAGGAGUUUCCAGUUGUCAUUACGGUGAAGUUCCUCUGUCCAUCUCCUUCUCUGGGUCUGGAUUCAUGUCCACCUACCAGUUAGGGGUUGCCCAGUGCUUACUAAAUUAUGCACCCUGGAUACUGCGCACAGCACCUUGUGUUCUUGGUGCAUCUGCCGGAUCUCUAGUAGCAGCUGCUGUGGUCUGUGAAAUGAACUUAAUUACCGUUCGGGAUGAGAUAAUGAAAUUUGCCAAAGAAAUGAAGGCUUUUACACUUGGGCCAUUUAACCCCUCAGUCAACUUGCUCCACUGGUUAGAGUAUGUUCUACGGAAACAUCUUCCUUCUGAUGCGCAUCAACUGGCCAGUGGUCGUCUUGCUGUGGCUAUGACCCGCCUGACUGAUGGCAAGUCAGUUGUGAUGUCUGAAUUUCAGUCCAAAGAGGAUGUAAUACAGGCUCUGCUGUGUAGCUGCUUUGUGCCUGGGUACUGCGGCGUACUGCCUCCUGCCUUCAAAGGAGUACAUUAUGUAGAUGGGGGUUUCACCUGCAUGCAACCUGUACUGCCUCGACCCUGCAAUCACACCUUGACAGUGUCUCCAUUCUCUGGAGAGAUAGACAUCUGCCCCGCAGACACUCCUUGCAUGUGGGACAUGGUAGUGAGCGGAGCCACCCUGAAGGGCAACAUGGCCAACAGCUUCAGGAUCAUCAAUGCGCUUUACCCCAUGGCUUUGGAGACACUGGAACAAGCCUAUUACAGUGGCUACAAAGACGGCGUUCAUUUCCUUCUGCUCAAUGAUCUUGCUCCAUAUUUGACAAUAAACAAUGUAUCCAAAGGGCCACUUAACUAUAACCAAGCUAAAAUGUUGAUGCAUCUGGACACCACCAUAGAGGAAGAGGAGGAGAUGGAGGUGGAAAAGGAGAAGACUACACUGACAUCUUUCAAAGACAACAAACACAUGCAGACGUGUGACUCUACUGAGCAUGAAUCGACUGGAAGUCAAACAAUUCAAGAGCCUCCUCUCCAUUUCGACAUGGUAAAAAAUGUUCUACUGAGCAAUGUGGUGACUUACCUGAGCAUGUUUGGACUCCCUGCGAGAAUCUUAUCACACCUACUCCUUCCUCUCAUGCUGUCGUUUCACGUCAUACCCCAGGGCAGGCAGAGAUUGGAAUUGCUGUUCAGGCAGUCUCCAGAGUUUGUUUUCUGGGCAUGGUAUUUCCUGAAACACUUUACUGUCUUCACUUUCAACAUAUUUGUCUGUAGCCUCAAGAAAAACAUAAAGGACAGGGUCAUGCCCAUCAUCUUCCUGUUGCAGUGGCUGAAAAUUCAGGGACAGUUUCAGGCUCUGCAAGAACAGAAGAACUCAACAACUUGCAAUAAGUUUUCCUCCUCUGCCCAUUCAGAAAACAUCAAAUGUGGGAAUCUGCACAGACAGUUCAUUACUCCGUCACAGGAUUACAAGAAACCAAAAUUACUGUAUAAGUAGAGAGAGCCAUUGACUUUUUUUUAGUUCAGCAAGCAGAAAUGUAAACACUGUAUCCUUUGUACAUCUGGUCACAUGUAUUUUGUG